CCAAUCAGGAGGCGGAGGAGAGGCUGCGCUUGGACCGGCUGGCGGACUCACACCCCGGGGACACAGCUCAGCCCUGCACCGGUGACAGCGCUGACAGCGACCGGUCCUGGUCCCGACCUUACCUCCUCGUCCGGUUAGAGCAAGAUGGCCGACGCGGAGCUGGUGAAGAAGAUGCUGCGGGCCGUCCUCCAGGCCAACAAAGGUGGAGUGUCACUGUCGCGGCUGCAGUCCGAGUACAAGGAUCUGACCGGGGAGCAGAUCCCGCACAAGCAGAUGGGGCACAGCCACAUGGACUCUCUGCUGGGAAGCAUGCCCACCGUGGUCCGCAUGGAGCGCAGCCGCUCCGGGGAGGUGGUUUACUUCGCCUCCGGAGCUCACGAGACGGCUCACGUGGCCAAGGUGGUGGCUCGACAGCGGAGCUCCAAGAAGACGGGCCGACCCCACCUGGUCAACACCCAGAUGAGGGUCAAGCCGCUCGCGCCGCUCGUCCUCAACGCCAAACCUCAAACCUCUCUGAGGCAGCCGAACCACCGUGGGCGAGGCGGGGGUCGAGGCGGAGGCGGGGGCGGGGGCGGGGGCCGCGGGGCCGGACAUGGAGACUUCAGACACGCGAGGGACGUAAGGGAUGGACAGCAAGAGGGCAAGACCGGGGGGCAUCCGAAUAAGAUGUCCGGUCAAAACGCACCCAGCAGGAAGGGGAACGCACCUGCAGACAAACCAGACAAGAGAAUGAGCCUCCCGUCACGGUUCCAGAAGGAGGUGCACGCUCACCUCUCCAGAAACUCCCAACAGACUGGUCCGCCCUUGAAUCUGAACGAGAGCUUCGGUUCGGGGAAAGGAAAGCCGUACAACCCUCAGCAGGUCCAGGGUCGCAUCAGGGAGAUCCUAGGGAAGUACAGCAACGGGUUCUGGGUAUCAAAGCUGCCUCAGAUCUACAGAGAACUGUACAAGCAGGACCUGCCCACCGAGGCCAUCAAAGACCUGGAGACCUGGACACACAUAUGCACUGUUGAGAAAACGUGCAGCAGCAACCCAUCAGAGCUGCUCCUCUACCCGGCCAAGGACCAGUCCACCGCGUCGUCCCCUUCACCCACCCUCAACCCAAAUUCCCCUGCCGCCUCUGUCCCGACGUCAAACAGCUCCCCGGACAAACCCUUGCAGUCCCCCGUCCAGCAGAGGCCCCCCAGCGCCCCUCCGACCCGCUCCGGUUCUCAGUCUCCUCAGUCCCCAGCGUCGUCCUCGGCCUCGCCCAGCCCCCCCUCGUCCCCUGCGUCCCUCAGCCCCGACCUGAAGCAGAAGCUGGAGGAGCUGCUGCUGAAGUACUCCCACGGACUCUGGGCCCACGCGUUGCCCAAGCUCUUCCAGGACACCUACAAAAGAAAAUUGCCUGGACAUGUCCUGGAGAACCUGGAGCUCCUCUCUGACAUCUGCACCAUCGACUACCCGAUGCCUGACAACCCCAAGAGGGCCAUCCUCUACAGGCGGAGCAGCACGGGGGGCGGCGGAGAGGACGAAAACUGCAACAGGAAGAACUCCUCGGCCAGCGAGGAGGAGCUGAGGGUGAGGAAGGAGCUGGGGAGGAGGCUCAGUAACCAGGCAGUGCCUUCUCUGCAGAUCCCUAAAGAGGAGUACCCCUCUGUGCUGGUGGUGGAGGCCAACAACACCAACGGAGUUAUACUUAGGUACAUUGGUGAGGGUUACUCUCAGGCCCAGGAGUCCAUGGAGGAUGAAAUGAGGGAGUUUUACGGCCUGGACCAAAGCGGCCCGGCCCCCGUGUCGUCUCUGUCCUCGGGUCAACUGGUCGCAGUCCGAGCUGAGGAGGAGGAGGAGAUUCUGAGAGCGCAAGUCUGUGAGGUCAUGACCGACAAGGUUAAGGUCCACUACGUGGAUCACGGUUUCUCAGAAGUGGUCGGCAAAGCCAAAGUGUUCGAGCUGCACGAGAAGUUCUUCAAACUGCCUUUCCAGGCGACAAAGUGCAAACUGGCAGGCCUGGAGCCGUUCUGCCAGGAGCCUGCGGUGCUGAAGAAGUUUGAGUCGAUGGCGAGCGGGAGGAUCCUACUGGCAGAGAUCUUAGAGAGGGCCCAGACGCCUCUGGUCGUCCUGUACGACACGUCACAGGACGACGACGUGAACAUCAACGCCACCUGCAUGAAAGCGCUGCAGGACAAGACACUAGCCAGUCCGUUACAGGUCAACAGUGCUUAUAUGAAUGUGACUGUGAGCAGCGUUUGCUCGGAUGGAACUAUCUACUGCCAGCUUCCCUCCAGAGGUCUUGCCAAGCUGAAUGAGAUCCUGGAGAAUAUAGAGACGUACUUCCACUCACAGGUAACAUCGGAGUUCCUGGUAUCCAGACCCUUCUGUGGAAAAAGAUGUCUGGCCCGCUACAAAGGCAAAUGGUCCCGCGUGGAGAUCACAAACCUGCAUGGCAGCAGAGUGCUGGACAUCCUUUUCAUCGACGUUGGGGUUCAGGCUUCUGUUGAGGUGUUCGAGCUGAGGGAGAUCCCGCCGCCGUUCCUCCGCGACCUCAUGGCCAUCCCACCGCAGGCUGUGAAGUGCUGUCUGGCAGACCUGGCCGUCAGCGUCGGAUCCUGGAGUCCAGAUGCUGUUCAGUGGCUACGAGAGAAAGUACUUAACAUCACAGACUGCAGCAUGAAGGUUGCCAAGGUGGAUGAAACCAAGCACUGCGUCUACGUCUACUUGUUCACUGACAAGAACUUCCACGACCCGGCCCGCAGCCUCAACCAUCAGAUGGCCCAGUCCGACUUGUUCAAGCAGCAGCCAGACGUGUUCCUGACGAGCCACAGCCCUGCAAAGAUGUCCACAUCCACUCUGUCCUCCAAGACCUCCAGCGCCAGCGACUCCACCAACGGUAGCCCGACUUCAACUUCUGUCCCAGCCAAGCCUCAUCUCAGGAGGGUUCUGUCAGGGCCGAGAGGAGGUGGAGGAGGAGGAGGAGGAGGAGGAGGAGGAGGUGGAGGAGGAGGAAACGCAACCACCAACAACCCACCAGAGACACCUUUAUCCCCUUCGUCUUCUUUCCAGCUGCCAUCACUGCUGGAUCUCCCCCAAACAGGUAACUACCUAGACGUCUAUGUGUCAGUGGCUUGCCAUCCCGGCCACUUUGUGCUGCAGCCCUGGAGAGAUAUGUAUAAACUGGUGGUGCUGAUGGGAGAGAUGAUCCUCUACUACAACAAAACUGAGGAGAAAUCUCUGGACGUAGAGAAGAACCAGAUAUAUGCAGCCAAAGUGGAGAACAACUGGUACCGUGUGUUGGUGAAGGGCGUCCUGACCAACGGGCUGGUGUCUGUGUACGAGCUGGACUACGGUAAACACGAGCUGGUCAGCUGCACCCAGCUCAGACCUCUGAUCAAGGAGUUCAGACAGCUGCCGUUCCAGGGAAUCACUGCUCAGCUGGCCGGAGUGAAGCCGAGACAGUGGUCGGAGGAGGCUUCCAUCGUUUUCAGGAACCACGUGGAGAAGAAACCUCUGGUGGCCCAGCUGGAGGCCGUGCAGGAAGCCGCUAACCCGUGGGAGAGGAAGCUGACCGUCUUCCUGGUUGACACCUCGCAGGAAGAGAAAGACAUCUGGGUGCAUGACAUCAUGGCCGAGUUCGCCGACGAGCCGACCAACGAGAUGUAGAGGACAGACUGGUCUAAGAAGAGAUUAAAGAAGCUGACGCUUUCAUCUUCCUCUAUCUACCAUUUACUGAAAGCAGAAGAAGAAAGGAAAGAGGAGAAGAAGAAGGGUUGUUGAGAGGUUUGGUAGCAUGCAGAGACUGACAUAAAGACGUGAACGUCUUAUAGCCACUGUUGUGUUUACAUUGAAGGACAUUGUGACGUGACUUGAGUUACUGCGGUGUGACCAUUAGUCCAGAGUACAAAACACUGUCCACACAAGUCUGGUAACGCUGUGAAACCGAUGCAACGUAUUCGACAUGGGCUUUAAUCUGAAGCGGCAUCCUAAAGUAGCGCCACAUGUGCAUUUAGCUUUAGUGUGUGCCAGCCUGGGAAAUCCUGAAUGUGAGCAGAUAAAACUAAGCAAAAUAAAACUUCUCACACACUACGAACACUUACACGCGCUCGUCUACGAAAGCUGCUUUUCGGGAGGGUGUUUCCUCAUUGUCGCAACGUUUACAAAGAAAAAAAAAUAAUCGAUAUUACCACGGGAGGAGGAGAAACGUGCUGUGAGUCGGGGGACGUGGACAGACCAGUCAAAUGUGUGAUGGAUUUACAGAAACUCAAAGACGAGACGAGCAUUUCGUCUGCUGCAGCUUUUUUUUUUUUUUGACAAAGACAUAUGACUAUGAGUGUUAGUCAUACAUGUCUUUUCUUUGUUCAUCAGCUGUUGAUAGUGAUACAUCCCGGCGUUUGCAUGUGUCGUUAAUGGUUUUCCUCUGAAUCGAAGGGAAAGGCCUCAAAGUCACGUCAUGAGCAAAAUAAAUGUGACAUUUCCCGGCGUGUUCUCUCUGAAGGACAAACAUCCGACAGACAAAUGCACGAGUUAAAACUCAGAUCCUGUGAUGUUGAUGUCUCAUCCCUCUCAAAUAUGAAACACUGACAUGACUAGAUGUGACUAUUGGAUACUUCCUCCUCAUUAGUUUGAUGUUAUUAGAAUAACACGCAGAUUCUAGUUACCAGUAGUGUUACGCUUGUUGACUUUCAAAUAGGAGAUAUAAGUUCUGCUUCUGGCUGGCGUUGGUAGCACCAUUAAAUGUUGGCCCUGAUGUGGGAGCUUUCUUUUGUUUUUUUUUGUUUUUUUCUUUUGGCGCAAAUGCUUUUCCACUUCUAAAGACGAGUAGACAAAGCUCAAAGCUGCAUCGUUGUUGUUAACAAUUGACAGAUGACGUUAUUUUAUUUAUAUUUAACUUAUAUUCUCUAGAUAAUGUUAGACAGAGUAACAUUGACCUGGGAAUAAUAAAUGAUAUGUUUUUGGAAUAAAGUCUGUUUGAAAAGGAAA